AAUGUCAUUCAAAUUUUUUAAUUGAUUACUUUUAAAACAACAAUGGCAAGUAAAGUUAACGUUCUUGAGUCCGUUCGUGAAGAUGAUUUUGUUGAAUAUCAUCUUUUUCCACCUAUUGAUUCCCAGGACGACAAAGAACAAGAACUUGCGUUAACCAGAGUUUUAAAUCAGUGUGAAAAAAUCGUAAAAAGGUACACCGAUGAGUAUUUAUGGCAUAAAGACGAAUUUAAAUUAACUGUGAGAACGUGGAUUAGUAAUUCACUGAUUCAUGAUAGUGAAAAAACAGAGUAUUUACCACCACAUUUAUAUGGCGUAACUCAUUUUGGAGACAAUAUAGAGGACGAGUGGUUUAUUGUGUUCCUUUUACGUCUCCUAACUAAGGAAAUUGAUGGUUUAAUAGCUCGUGUGCACGACGCUGAUGGCGAAUUUAUUUUAAUUGAAGCAGCUGAUUACUUACCUUUAUGGGCAGACCCUAACAACUGCGAAAAUAGGGUAUACAUUUACCAAGGCAACAUUCAUAUCAUCCCUCUAGACACCUCGGAUCACCUCCCAGAAAUGGCCCAAAUGGCGGUCAAUGAGGCCGUCUCAACAAUCCAAAACAAUCCGAUCGACACUUUAGCCUCAUCAGACAUCCAAAACUGUAUAAUCAACAAAUUAAAAGACUACCCUGACAAAAUCCAGUCCAGUCUUCACCAUGCCACUGCCUACCUACCAGUAGGUGUCGCUGCAAUUUUGCGCCACAAACCCGGGCUUAUAGCCCCCGCCGUCCAAGUCUUUUGUAAUCGAGACCCAGUUGACGCCAAAACCUGCAAAGCCAUGAAAUAUUUUCCGCCCGAAAACCGCGUAAAUGCCAGAGUGACAUUUACUAAAUGUUUAUACGCAAUGCUAACUCACAGUAAAUACGUUCCGGAUCGCAGAACCGGCUGGAACUUGCCUAAAAGCGACAGCCCACAGUUUAAAGCGCAGAAUUUAGGCGUUAAAAUCGCCUGUGGGUUUGAGAUUUUAGCCGCGCAAGCCAAACCAAGCCAGGACAUUGAACAGGAUAAAGGGUGGGUUAAUUAUUUUGAGAAACUGAAAGAGAAAAAUUAUUUUCGGGGGUUGUUGGAGCAUUCAAGAGAAUACAACGAUUUAUUAAACAAAGCGAAAGAGUACUACAUCAAUCACCGAGACUCUAUGCACUAUUCUCCAGCCAUUGGGCAAGAAAUUGUCCAGUUGAUCAAAAAUUUGGAUUUUAAGAUCGAUGAAUUGAAGGAGGAAAGUAAUUUGCCUGACGAUGACGAUUCGUGGCUUAACGUCAGCCCGGAAGAGUUGGAUAAAAUGUUAGAAGAAAAAUACGGGCAAAAGAAAUUCGUUACAGUGAACAACAACUCAGACGCCGCCUCUUUCACUGAAAAAAUCUCCUCGUUCUUAAACCACGUGUCAGAUAUUGACGGAGUUGAGCACCCAGACCUGGACAAUUCCCCAACUCGGCCCCCUAGAGGCGUGAAAAAACGCACCAAAGUUUCGUUCGCAAGUGGCACAAAAACCGAGACAACAGCUAAUAAUAGAGUUAGUUUUGAUCCGAAUGCGUUUUCUUGCGCCGUUCAGAACAUCCUGAAUUUUGUCAUUCCGGAAGAUGACAGUUGGGAUUUGGAUUCUGGGUCUGAUAUGAGCGAUUACGCCGACGAUGUUGCCGGGAAUGAGGAGAUGUACGAAGGGGUUAAAAAUAAAAUGCAGGAGUAUAUGGAACAGAUGGAUAAGGAACUGGCGGCGACCACAAUCGGGGAAAGUUUCGAGAAGAAGAACGGGGACGGGUUUGAGGAUAUUGAGAGUUUUAAACCUGUUGAUAUUGACGUGAAUGCGUUGAAGAAUAUUCUGGAGAGUUAUAAGUCGCAGUUGGGGGAGGCGGGACCGUCGAGUAAUAUGUUAGGGCCGAUGGGGGUGCACUUGGAUGUCAGUAAUAACGAUGAUUGAGAUGAUUAUUUAAGCGCGAUUUAUUGAUUUACUGUUAAUUUUUGUAGCGCGUGCCAAUAAGGAGGUUUACUGCCAUUGUCUUUUCACUAUUGAUGUAUACAGUGUACGAGAUUCACACGUUAAGCUGUACAGAACACGAACGAUUUGAUUACAUGCUUAAUAUUACCUCAGAAAUAUGAAAAAUAUUUUGUGUUAACGUUACGUUGUUUUUGCAACUAUGACACAUUUCUUUUUUUCGUUCUGUACAGCCGCAUAUGUAUUUUAGAUUUAGCUGCUUGUUAUGAAAAUUAAAAGAAUAUAUUUAAUACUUUAGGAUAUUAUGCUUCGUUAAAUUAAUAUUUUUAUGUCGAUUGAUGCUAGUCUUCAUAAACACUUUGUAACUUUUUUUACAGACAGUAAAUUUUUGAAAUAAUA